AUGACCAACGAAAGGCUACUUUGUGACGCAGAAGUAAGGUCCUGCAUUCGUCUGCCUUCCUCAGUUGAUGAUAGAGAACCUUAAAAGUCUACUACUGUGAGCGGCGGUUCUUGUGAGGAAAACUUAACAAUGGAUAGGACGCCAAUGAAAGAAAGCACGAUGGAGAGAAUAUUGGAUUCGUUAAGAUUAUCACCAAAAUGGAGACGUCAGUCGCCAGUAAACGAGAAAUCGGUCAAAGAAACCCGUAUCAUUGCAAACUCUGAUUGCCGGUUAACAAACCAACACUUAUCUCCUGAUAACCGUAAACACGCAACAAUAUCGACGUCGAGUUCCGAUUAUCCUGAAACAGAAACGUACGAUUCUUUUUCCGACUCUGCUUACUCGCAAAGUUCUGAGACAUCGGUCAAUUCCGAUAGGAGAUCACUCAAUACAACUUCAACAGAUUCGGAUAACAACCGAUUAUUCCAUCAAGGUACUUCGCCAAGGAGUCAGAUUUGGUCGAGAGGCGACACCGCUGAGGUUACAGACUUGGAUGAGGGAUACUUCAGGAGGGUUUUAAUGUUGAUGAAAGUUUUACUUUAUUUACGACACAACUUUCCUCUGAAACUUGUUCGAAGAAGAAGAAAGGUUUAUCCGGCCGAUAGUAGAAGAGACAAGCUCCAAGGUCACGACAGUCCCAGUUUAAGUUCCAGUUCAAUGGACUCGCAGGACUCAAGUGAAUAUAGCGGUAGAAGUGCGCGAAGUCGAAAGCGUAUUUCAUUCAGUCCAACAACUCUUCUUUUCUCUGCAGUAACAGAAAAGGCCUAUGCGGAGGCCAAAAGUAUUCUAGAACAGCAAGAUCUGGACGUGAAUUCUCAAACUCCAAAUGGGCAAACACUACUACAUAUUGCUGCAGCAAAUGCGGAUUUGAAAUGCACUCAGCUUCUUAUACAGUACGGAGCGGACGUAAGUUUGAAAGAUGUUAGCGGUUGGACACCUUUACAUGCGGCUGUUAGGCGGGGAAACUGGAAAUGUGCGAUUUUACUCAUCGAGGCUGGUGCUGAUUUCGGAGAAUACGCACAGACAAGAAUCCAAGAGUACAAUCAAGUGCUACAAAUGUCUUCCUCAUAUUAUCGAUCGGUAGAGAUCUUUGUAUAA